AUGAACUCUGCCCCGCGUGCGCCGAUGCGGACGUUGGCCUCCAGACGUGCAGCUGGGCCGCCGCCACCGUCGACGCAAGAGCCGAUGCCCGGUGGAAUGCCUGGGAUGCCGUUCUCUCCUUUGGGUCCCAAUGGCCUGGACAUGACGCAGGUGAUGCAGUACCUUCCCACCAUCAUGAAGGUGGCGAGCCAGAUUCCUGGAAUCCUUGUCGGGUUCCUUGUAACGAUGGUGUACAUGCUCAUGGUGGUGUGCCGAAGAGGUUUCACGGAGACCGUGUCGCCGGUCGCCGGCUUCCACAUCUUUACACUGUUCCUGCUUCGUGAGCUGAUCGAGCCCUGGAGCCAAGGGCAGGUGCGCGCGCAGGCGGCACGCGCCCGCGAGGCGCAGCGGCGCUCCUUUACAACGGACAUCGCCAUGCAGUAUCGUGAGAAGCUUGACUGA